CUAUAUUGCUGAUAGUCGUAUGAGUAUGACAUGUGAAACGUUACGUUAGUGGCCAGCCUUAUCAUUCUCGAUAGAUAUUUCAACUCUCCAUGUCCCAACAAUAAAUAAAUAAGUGGAAUUUUAUUGCCAUCAAAUUCAUUGAACACAGACAACUUCAAGUUUAUACAGCCAUCAAUAUAUAACAAUACUUAAAUUUUUGAGAGGAAUAGCACAAGGUUACCUUAUUUUUCCAUCCCUAUCAUUUUGAUGAUUUUAAUUGUAUGAAUCAAUCAAUCUAUACUAUUCAUAUUGGAAUUCCACAGCUGAGAAGAGUCAGUGCUGGCUUAUAGACGGGGAAAGUAGACACGGCAAGUCACUGGCAGCCUACAGGCCACUUGGAAUAGAGUGUUCCAGUCACCUGUUACUCGCGCGCUAUAAAUUGGCUGGACAAGCGCGGCUGCCCCUCAGUGUGCGGGAGCGCUUUCCCGAGGAAGGUCGCAGGGAGGUGACCUCUGUGACGUCAUGCUUUGGUCCGGUACUGUCGUGCUAGGCUGUUCGGUGCUUGCAAUUUUGGCGCUAACUGCUGUGCUCAUCUUACGUCUCAGUCAAGGUGAGGAAGGAAAAUGUCCAGUAGGCACAUUCACUUGCACAAAAUCGUUUGAGUGUAUUCCGAAGCGCUACAUCUGUAAUUCGCACGACGAUUGUGUGGAUGGGGAGGAUGAGACGUUCAGGGUGUGCGUUGACUGGACUGACGGGACAGGAAGCUUCUUCAAAAAAAUAAAACCGAAACCAGCAAAUGAUUCAGAAAAUGACUCUGAAAAUGACAAACCAGACUGUGAUUUGGGAGAAUAUCCAGUGAAAACAUGUAAUUGCUCUGAAGGAAAUUCAUUGAACUGUGCCAAUGCCGGAUUUAUAAGUUUGCCAUCUUCUAUACCUCGCAAUGUCACCUCUUUAGACCUUGAUAAUAAUAGGAUUGGAACACUUUCAAAAAAUGCCUUCCAGGGAAUGCCUCUCCUCACAAUACUGUUCUUAUCUAACAAUAAUAUUGAAUUAAUUGAGGAAGAUGUCUUCUCGUGUUCAUCAAGUGUUCUAACUUUAAAACUGAACAACAACCGCCUUUCAAAACUCAAUCUUCAAACUUUUGGAGGUCUUCUGGAAUUGAAUGUAAUAGAUCUCAGUUACAAUUUUCUGACUUUGGAUGAUGAAAGUUUUCCACCUCUACUGAAGCUGGAGUUCUUGAGACUUGAAAGCAAUAAGAUUCGAUUCAUCCAUAGAGACACAUUUGGUAACUUGGUUGGCAUGUUACAUCUGAAUCUGAGAGAGAAUAACAUAAUGAAUAUUCACAAUGAGGCAUUUUCAAAUCUCAAGUCACUGGAGGAUUUGGAUCUCACCCAUAACCAGCUACACAUUGUUUCAAGUGGACUAUUCAGCUCAUUGAAAGCACUGGCUACAUUACGUUUGGGCCAAAACUUUAACUUGAUUGUACCAGAUGAAGCUUUCGUUCAGUUGAAGAAUUUGUCAUCAUUAAAUCUUCAAGAUAUUGAAAUCGACAACAUUAAUGUGGAUAUGCUGGAUGGUCUAACUAAUUUGAAAUUUGUGUACUUCAAGAGAUUCCAUUACUGUUCUUAUGCUCCUGCUGUUAAACAAUGUUUACCAAAUACAGAUGGAGUAUCCUCAUUUGGUCACUUACUGGAGAAACCCGUGUUGAGGAUCACAGUCUGGUUGAUGGCGUUUUUCACCUGUUUCGCUAAUCUGCUGGUUUUAUGGGGCAGACAUAUAAGCGAUGAAGAAAAUAGAGCCUUCAGUUAUAUAGUGAAGAGCUUAGCUGUGUCUGACUUUUUAAUCGGCCUGUAUCUUUUGGCAAUAGCCUAUCAUGACUACAUGUAUAGAGAGGUGUAUAAUAGUGAAGCUCAUAACUGGAUGACGUCAUGGAGAUGUACCAUGAUUGGAAUUCUUGCAAUGACUUCAUCUGAGGUGUCGGUCUUAAUACUUGUGUUCAUGAGCAUUGAACGUUUUCUGAAAAUAGAGAAUGCUUUUGGAGAAGGCCUCACUCUUAAGAAAGCCAUUGUAUCCACUGCCGCCAUAUGGUUUGUCGGCAUCUUUAUUGCCAUAAUACCAGUGAUACUAUGGAGAGGAAAAUCGAGAUUCUACGGAACUAAUGGAUUGUGCUUUCCUCUACACAUUGAUGAUCCGUUCUUUCUAGGCUGGCAAUAUUCAGCUUUCAUUUUCCUUGGAAUUAAUAUGUUUGGGUUGAUUUUGAUGUCGUGUUUCUACGGCAGACUUUUUGUGAGCUAUUCGAGAACAAGACAAGCGACUCCUGUCAAUCUCAAAGAAUACGACUUGGCUAUAAGAUGCUUCUUCUUCGUUGUAGCCGACGCCGCUUGUUGGCUUCCUAUAUUCAUUUUGAAAGUUCUCGUUUUCUUCAACAUACGAAUUCCAACUGAUUUGUAUGGCUGGGUUGUGGUGUUCAUUCUGCCAGUCAACUCAGCUGUUAAUCCGAUUCUCUACACUUUCACCACUCAACAGUAUCGCGAUUUUUUCCUCCAACUCUUCAGAGUCCAUUUGAGGCAACACAACCAGGCUCUAGUCGAGACAGAUAUUUCCGGACCAUCAAAUACAAGACUUGAGCCAAGCCAUCCUCUUGAUAGAGUACACUGGCCCUAGAUGUGGAGUGAAUAAGAAUAUUAGAGAACGAUGGAGCUAAGAUUGUAACUACAUUCUUCUCUAGUCUCUUACCUGAUCUAUAAGGAAAAAAAGUAGGUACAAAAAAGUGCGUACAGAUUUACGUGCCGCGAACACCAGCAAUACACUUUUCAUCAGCUGAUUAUAUCUGUAUUUGUACAGAAACGGUAAGAUAGAGAUAUAAAAAUCUGGUGUGGCGCACUCACACAAC